CAUAUGUUUAGAUGCAAAUCCCUAAUUCAAUCAGACUUUUCGACUCGUUCACACUCCACUCACACUCCACAACAAGCACAUACAUCAUUCUGUUAUCCUUCUCUUUUAAUUUCUUCAUCUCGUAGUUUAGCGUUUAGGUUUUUUCGUUUUACUGUUCCAAUUUUUAUGUUCUUGUUCGGGUUGUAGUUAAAUGGCGUCCCUGAAGGAAAUUCUAACGCGUCGGCCAGUGGCGGCGACAGUCCGUCUCACCAUCCCAGCCGGCGGAGCAAGACCUGGACCACCGGUAGGUCCGGCUGUAGGUCAGUACAAAGUUAACCUAAUGGCGUUCUGCAAGGACUUCAACGCUCGCACACAGAAAUACAAAUCGGAAGCUCCAAUCGCUGCUACUGUGACUGUUUUCAAAGACAAUACUUUUGAAUUGAGCGUUCGUUCUCCUUCAGUCACCUGGUUUCUAAAAAAAGCCGCCGGAAUUGACUCCGGGAGUGGACGUGCAGGUCAUGUUGUUGCAUCAACCCUAACCCUAAAACACAUCUAUGAAAUCGCAAAGGUGAAGCAAGCAGAUCCGUAUUGUCAGUACAUGUCCUUGGAGGCGAUUUCAAAAUCAAUUAUAGCGUUCAAAACUUGGAAAUCUCGAAAGUCAAUCAAGCACCGGCUAGGCGGUCUCUGUUAUCUUUUCCGGAUUUCUUCUCAUGCAUGUACACAUGGCUGCCUGCUGCCAUUCUGUUUUCCCUCUUUAUCAAGUAAUCAUGACACUGCCCUUGUUGCUGCAUUGGAUGGUACAAUCAAUUUGGUGUAUCGUGAUUCUGGGAGGAUAAUUUGGUCAUUUGCAUCAGGAUCUCCAAUCUACUCUUCAUACCAGGCUUCUACCAGCCAUGAUGAUGAUAAGGAAAGUGCACCUGUGCCUGAAGGCAGUUAUUAUGUAGACUGUGGGGAUGAUUGGAAGCUGUAUGCACACACAGAUCUUGGCAAAGUGAGUAUGGAUAUGACCAUGGAGGAAUUCAUCAGAAUCAUGCCACACGUAUCAGAGGAUGGAGGAGUUAUUCUUGGAUCCAAAAAAACUACUGCAUUUGUAGUUGAUGCUAACACUGGAAGGUUAAUACGUGUUCAUCACAGCUCAUCAACCAAUGAACACUCAAAUUUCAUCUUCCAAAAAACCACCAUGAAAAAUGAAAAGUCAACUAUGGUCAAUGAAAAACCUGAUAAACAAUUCUCCUUCACAAGAACAGAUUACUUACUCACAUCAUUUGCUGCAAAUUCUGACAAAGUUCUAUGGAAUGUGACUGUAGCAGACAUUGAUGUUGCUUUACUUUGUCAAGAACCUCCAAAUAAAAUCAUUCGUCCGUCUUUACCUCUCCCAAAUAAUCUUCGCUCAAAAUCCAGUGUUGACUUUGACUUUGACUUUGACUUUGACUUCAACAUGCCCUUGUCAUGCCAGUCAAAAGCUGUUGUCCAUAGGCUACGUACAUCUCAUAAGCUUGGUUCUUAUAAAAUCCAUGGAAAACAAGCAGAAAAAAAAGUUCCAAUCCUUCUACUCCCUCAAAAUAAACCUUUACUACCCAAUUCAAACAAUAACCUUGACACCCAAAACCCCGAAAUCCCUAGUCAACAAGAUGUGAAAAAAGUCAACUUUCUUUCCGAAGGGCGAAUGGCGUUUGUUGUAAUUUUCAUUCUGAUUAUUGCCAUUGGUGGUCUUAUGUAUCGCCAUCAUACCAUAAUGGCUGCAAUGUUGAAACAAAAACCUUCCUCUUCUUCUAGAAGGAAGAGGCAUAGGAAACAAGGAAGGAUUUAUGCCAAUGAAGAUGGAAAUGUUGAUAGUGAAAGAAAUCCAGUGCUAAAUUUUAAUCAUUUAAUCGAAUGUGACACAGAAGGGCGUUCUAUAGGCAAACUAUUUGUGUCAAAUAAAGAAAUUGCAAAGGGUAGUAAUGGAACAGUUGUUCUUGAAGGGGUAUACGAAGGUCGUAAGGUUGCUGUGAAACGCCUCGUGAGGGCCCACCAUGAUGUUGCAUUUAAAGAAAUUCAAAAUCUUAUUGCUUCUGAUCAACAUCCAAAUAUUGUUAGGUGGUAUGGAGUGGAAUAUGAUCAUGAUUUUGUUUAUCUUUCUUUGGAGCGUUGUGCUUGUAGCCUUUAUGAUUUAAUUCAAAUGAAGAAAGGGGGUUUAGAAUUAGAUUCAAUCAAUCGUGACAUCAUCAUGCAUGAUGUUCAUUUAUGGAAACCAAAUGGAUACCCUUCGCCUAUUUUGUUAAAAUUGAUGAGGGAUAUAGUAUCUGGGCUUGUUCAUUUGCAUGAAUUAGGGAUCAUUCAUCGGGAUUUAAAGCCACACAAUGUGUUAAUAGUCAAAGAAAAAUCAAUAUGUGGGAAGCUUUCUGACAUGGGAAUUAGCAGACGCCUCGUUGGCGACAUGUUGUCAUUAGGACUCCAUGCUACUGGUUCCGGAAGUUCAGGGUGGCAAGCACCCGAACAACUUCUUCAUGGACGCCAAACACGUGCGAUAGAUUUGUUCAGUUUAGGUUGUGUCCUGUUUUUCUGCAUGACAUGUGGCAGACACCCAUUUGGUGAUCAUCUUGAACGUGAUGUGAAUGUGGUCAAAAACCGAGUCAACCUUUUUUUAGUUCGACAUAUUCCGGAAGCUUUUGACCUCUUCUCUAGAUUACUAAACCCUAACCCUGAACUCAGGCCAAGGGCUGUGGAUGUGUUGCAUCAUCCUUUGUUUUGGGAUUCCGAGGUGAGAAUGUCGUUUCUAAGGGAUACUAGUGAUCGGGUGGAAUUGGAAGACCGGGAAUGUGAUUCCGUUCUUCUUAGGGAAUUGGAAAGUAAAGGUUCGGUGGCUUUGGGUGGAAAAUGGGAUGAAAAGAUGGAACCGGAAUUCAUCAAUAACAUUGGUCGGUAUAGGCGGUAUAAAUACAACGGUGUGCGUGACUUGCUUCGCGUCAUUCGAAAUAAAUUAAAUCAUUACCGCGAAUUACCCAAAGAAAUUCAGGAAUUGUUGGGAGGUGUACCGGAGGGGUUUAAUGAUUAUUUUGGGAGUCGGUUCCCGAAGCUGUUGAUGGAGGUGUACAAUGUCAUCCCGAAUGUGCAUAAUACCAAUCCAAAUUCCAAUGGACCUAAAGAAGAAGAAGAAGAAGAAAAAAAACCCCGAUUAAACACUUAUGGAGGCGCUCGGCCCAAACUACCAAAAGCCGAAAAUAGAACUCAGUCGACAGUCGACACUCCUCGAUACGGCGGCGAUCUUCGUCUUCGCUCAAGCAAAUCUCCUUCUCCAUUGUUGAUCAUUUCAAGGGAAGCGGUCGUUCGCACCUCCUGGACAUCAGCAAACCCUGGUCGGAGGUUUCUUUCCUGCCCUCAAAAGGGUUCCAGAUGCCGAUUCUUAGGAUGGAUUGAUCCUCCCAUGUGUGCAAGAUCUAUGUUGAUAAUACCCGGAUUAUUGAGGAAUAUCAACAAUGUAAACUAUCAAGUGGCAAGAUUGAAGAUGUGUUUGUUUGCAAGUUGGUUACUAUUUGUGGUGGUUUGGGUACUUUUCAUUUAG